AGAGGGCUGCAGCUUGUUUGGGGACAUUGUCAGAGGCUAACGGGCGCCAGUAGCUUCAUCACAACACUCAUAAUGACAGAGCGACGUAUUCCUUUCACCCUGGUCCGCAACGCAAGCUGGGAACCCUUCCGCGACUGGAACCCGACUAGUCGCAUCUUUGACCAGACCUUUGGCAUGCCCGUCCCCGUGGAGGAGUUCCCCUGGACCCAUUGGCCGGGAUACAUGCGGCCCAUGAUGCCUGCGGAGAUGAGUGCCAUGAUGCCCCAGAUGCCCAUGAUGUACCCCGGUGCCAUGGCGGCACAGCAGGCUCGCGCCCUCUCCCGCCAGAUGAGCACCGGCAUGUCAGAGAUCAAGCAGACCCAAGACCACUGGAAGGUGUCUUUGGAUGUCAACCAUUUCUCACCUGAAGAGUUGGUGGUCAAGACCAUGGAUGGUGUGGUGGAAAUUACAGGCAAGCAUGAUGAGCGAAAGGACGAACAUGGUUUUGUAUCCAGAUGUUUCACCAGGAAAUACACCCUCCCCCAGAGCGCCAACGUGGAGAAGGUGACCUCUUCCCUGUCACCCGAUGGCAUGCUGACAGUGGAGGCCCCUCUAAUCAAGCCGGCCAUUGAGGCUGCAGUGACUGAUAUACCCGUCACUGUGGGCAGCAAGAGUGGUGUGACGAAGAAAUAGGAGGCUCACACAAAAAUGUAUGCAAACAAAGAGCUAAAAUCACCUUAAUAUACAUCUGCACCUGUCAUAUUGUCUUUAGUACACAUUGUCCCUCCUUGCCACAUCUCCUUUUAUACUGCACACAAAAAGCAGAACAUUUAAUUGCCUGUUGGAUGUCUGCAAACUUGUUGAAUAAAGAUUUAAUGACCUUUA